AUGGCUAAUGACAAUAAAGUAAACGAAAGGCGGUUCAAAUGUGAAACAUGCGAUAAAGCAUUCAAACAGGCCAGCUGUUUGAAUAGACACAAAUUGGUGCACAGAAACGAACGACCAUUCAAAUGUGCUAUGUGCGAUAAAGCUUUCAAACAGCGCCGCCAUUUGAGUGAUCAUAUGAAAAUACAUACGGACGAAAUUACAUCGGAAUAGAUACAAAAUGACGCACAAAAAGGAACGACCAUUCAAAUUCAAAAAGUCUCGCGUUCGGAAGAAACACAAUUUGACGCAUGGAAACGUGCCGUUAUUCCAAUGUGA